GGCAGACAGUGCUGGUCUAGGGGCAAGGGUCUGCUCUCUACCGAGAGCAUGAUUUAGUAGCAGGGCCUCCCUGGGUAUGGGGGUGAGGGGGCCCUCCUGCCCAAGGCAGACAGCUCCACCCUGCCCGCCGAAUUCCCUCUCCGGAAAUGCUCCAGGACAACUUGCGGGGCAUCUGUUUCUCUCAUGAGCCCCGGGCACUCUCAUCAUGUUCCCACGCCAGGCCUGUCUGGUGCACACGAGCGAGACCAUCCGAGUGUGCUACUUUGUGGAGCGGCUUGUGGCGCGGAGGCGGCCGGUCAUGCUGGUGGGGACGGCAGGCACUGGCAAGUCGGUGCUGGUGGGAGCGAAGCUGGCCAGCCUGGACCCAGAGGAGUACCUGGUGAAGAAUGUGCCCUUUAACUACUACACCACGUCUGCGAUGCUGCAGGCUGUCCUGGAGAAGCCUCUGGAAAAGAAAGCCGGCAGAAAUUAUGGCCCCCCAGGCCACAAGAAGCUUAUCUAUUUCAUUGAUGACAUGAACAUGCCCGAGGUGGACGCCUACGGGACUGCGCAGCCCCACACGGUCAUCCGGCAGCAUCUGGACUACGGCCACUGGUAUGAUCGAAAUAGACUGUCCCUGAAGGAGGUCAUGAAUGUGCAGUACGUGUCCUGUAUGAACCCCACCGCGGGCAGCUUCACCAUCAACCCCCGGCUUCAGCGCCACUUCAGUGUGUUCGUCCUCUCCUUCCCGGGAGCGGACGCCCUGUCCUCCAUCUACAGCACCAUCCUGACUCAGCACCUGAAGCUUGGAAACUUCCCAGUAUCACUGCAGAAAUCCGUCCCCCAGCUGAUCAAUCUGGCCCUUACCUUCCACCAGAAAAUUGCCACCACGUUCCUCCCCACAGCAAUCAAGUUCCACUACAUCUUCAAUCUCAGAGACUUUGCCAAUAUUUUCCAGGUAAGUCCAUCCGCUCCGAGGCACCUUUGA